CCUCCUGGGGACGGGGAGGGUAGCAGUUAAGAAGUCAACUCUCUGCCAUUGUUCUUGUUCUGGAGGUCUGAACGCGGCACGGAGACGGCGCUGGUUGGGGAACCGGACUGCGGUCUGUCGUUAUGACGGGCUCCGGUCCGAAGCUCGGGGUGCUUCUGCUGCUGGCGGUCCUGCUGCAGACUGUGGUCGUCACCAUCACCGUGCUGCACUUCACCACGGCCCUCAACUCGAUGAAGGAGACGUUUGCCAGGAGCAGCGUUUCCUGCCUAAUGGGUGCUGACCUGCAGAGCAUUACGGUGGUCCGGGGGGAUCCAUGCUGGCAGGUCACUCAGCAGCUCCACCUGCUCAUCGAGAAGUCUCUGUCUCAGCGUUAUCAGAAGCAGAUCUCGUCGGCAGUCAGAGAUGAAGUUUCUCGGGUGCUGCCCUCGCUUGUGAUAGUAGACCAAGAUUCACCUCGGCCAAAAGUGGCAGCACAUGUCACCGGAAGCUUUGUGCCCAAACUGGAACGAGAGGGAGGAGUCUCGGCUGGGCGUCGGGUUCAGGGCCAGAAGAUCUCCUGGUGGGAGGGGAAGAAGGGGCUGGCCUUCCUCCAGGACGUCCAGCUGGUGGACGGGGAGCUGGUGGUGCCGCAGCCCGGCCUCUACUACGUCUACGCCCAGACGUACUUCAGACACACCCACUCCCUGGAGGAGGAGGGCGAGGACGGAGAGGAGGCGGAGGACAGAGGGAGACCCCUGCUGCAGUACGUCUAUAAAAAGAUGGGCUCUUACCCAGUUCCCAUCCUGCUGAUGAAGACGAGCCGAACCUCCUGCUGGUCCCGGGGCUCACAGUUUUCUCUGCACUCCGCCCACCAGGGAGGGCUGUUCCCGCUCAGCACCGGUGAUCGCCUGUUUGUCACAGUGACCAACGCCUCCGCGGUGGACAUGGACGAGAAGAGCAGCUUCUUCGGGGCGUUUCUCAUCAGCUAGACGAUCAGAUCCAGGACUCUACGUUGAGCGAUCUCGGUCUUGAAGCUUCACUCUGGAAAAACCUGGUGCAGCCUCGAGACUCCUCCUUAAAAGGAACACAACUGAAAAACUGCAGCAAGUAGCAAGGAGAGAAGUCCUUUCAUCAGGAUCACAAAUCAACAGAUAUUAGACAACACUGGUUUCACAUGCGAUGUGAGUGUGUAAGAGCUAAUCCAUCAACACAUAUUUGUUUUUGAGUGUAUUGGAGUUGAUGUGGCUAGGACUCAACAGAGAUUUGAGUUUCUGUUUUUCAGACAUUUCUUUAAGGCAGACUUCAACUAUUUUAAAAUGUAAUUGCUCAACUGAGCUCCAUUUGUCUAACUGGUGUUGGAUAGCUCAGGUGAAACCUUAAACAGAAUGUUUUUUAAGUAUAAAGAACAUCAUUUAUGCUGGUUAGCUACCGUAAGUGAUUCUGAGCUGAGCUUUCCUUACAGUGUGAAGUAACAAGUAAUACUCUACCAUAACUAGACAGUAUUAUCCAAUUUAAAACAAUCAAGUCGGCUUCAAUUCAACUAAAAAAAUGACAAACUCGCCUUUAACGGCUCACAGAUUUUCCACAAGGGGGAGCAGUUUGUUCAGUUCAGAAAGGAAGAGUCCCUGAGCUAAAGAAUUGUUUGUAUGAAUCUUCAAUCAGCUGAAUAUCAGUGAUGAUCUGAGCUCUUGGAUAUGUUUGUAAAAAGAUGUAAAUAUUGUGAAAUAUUUUCUGGUUUUUAUUUUUCUAAUAAGCCUGCAAAAUCUGGGUCUUGAGGUCUCAAUGAUCUCUUUUUUCCUUCCUAAUUUCCCCUCCGCAAGAUGUCAAACAGAAGGCUUAAGCAUUAACUUCUGACAGCUUACGGACCAUGAGCUCCUGCCAACACUAAAGGCCUUUUCAACGGUUCAUAACAGCCACAUUGAAAGAUUAAAGGAAGAAAAUUCAAGUUUUUAAAAAAGUGUUAGCAUUUUUAAACGGUGCUCGUUAUAAAUCAGGCUUUGUGUUUUUGUUGGCAGCAGCACCACCGUCUCUGUGCUGUUGGCUCGUUCAUCCUAACCAUACUCCAAAUGGUGCAUUUUAUGCUCCCUAAGUGGUCGGUUUUCUUCUUCAUGUCAUGUCAGAUUAGCUGCAGACUUGGAAAACAGUCACACAUCCAAACAGCAGGAACGUGGGAUUUAUUCUUUUUGUGAUUAAUUAAACUGCUCGUAAUAAAUCCUGCAGUAAAUCCACUGAUGCUAAAAGACACGUAGCCAAAAUGAUCAGCUUAUUUGACUGAAGGAGAAGCGGACGAAUCAGUGAAUAUAACCGGGUUAGCAGGAAAAAUUCAUUUGAAACAAACAUUCUUAAUUUAAGGGGGAAUUACUAGAUUACUUUGGGAGUUAAUCAUGUCAAGAAGUCAAGAAUGAUCAGUUACACUCACUGGUUCCUCUAAGGCUAUUUGAGAAAAGCAGAAAAGGAUGUCCACAAUGAUGAGUGACAAUUAAGUUCUUCUUUUACAAUGACAUGAAUGCAGCAUUCACUGUAGCAAUUAAGUCUCACAAGACCUUUUUGAUUACUUGUUUUAGCAACAAAUGUACAGACUUUUUCCAAGUUGUUUCAACAACAAUAGUGAGAAAUGUUAACUCCAGGAUUAAAAACAAUGUCUAAUGGUGGUUUGAAGUUGAUAAGGAAAGGGCCUUAUUGUGAUAUGGAUGUUAGCAGCACUGUUGGCCCUUGAUGUGUGAUUUAAAUACCUUGGGGUUUGUUCGCCAUCCAUUGGAUAACCUGGACACAUCAGUCAAGUUUUUUUUGUUGCUGGGAACACCUGAAAAAAGGCAUCAAAAAGAACAACUGUACACUCAUGAGGUUGUAAACAAUCAAAAACUCAAUGUGAAUGUAAAUAAGCAUGUGGUUUUGUCUGUCAAUGUGUGAAAUAAAGACACUGUAAACGAG